UUGAAGAUGAACUUGUUUGUGUUGUUUGUUGUGGCAGUGCAAAUCCACAGGGUGACGCCUCUCAUUCACUCGCUCAUUUAUUUCACCGUUGUGUCCUACCAAAUUCCAAACUUCCCCGAGUACUUGACUGUCGGUUACAUUGACGGCGUUCCGAUUUCUCACUAUGACAGCAAGAGCAGGAAAGCAAAAGCCAAACAGGACUGGAUGAACAAAAUCACAGCAGAUGAUCCCCACUACUGGGAGAAAGUGACUCAGGACAGUAGUGAUAAUCAGCACAGCUUCAAAGUCAACUUUGAAAUGGAUCAGGAGCGCCUCAACCAAACUGGAGGUCUUCACAUGUUCCAGGUGAUGUCUGGUUGUGAAUGGGACGAUGAGACUGAUGAGGUUGAUGGUUUUCAGUACAUACGCUAUAAUGGAGAAGACUUCAUAGCAUUUGAGUUGGAGACCAUGAGAUGGAUCGCAGUUCACCCACAAUCUCUCUUCACCAAACACAGGAUGGACCAAUGGGACAUGUUUAAUCAAUACAGGAAGCAUUACUACACUGAGGAAUGUCCUUCUUGGUUGAAGAAGUUUGUAAACAAUGGGAGGGACUUCCUCAUGAGAACAGAGAUUCCAAAGGUGUCGCUCCUCCAGAAGACGCCGUCCUCUCCGGUCACCUGCCACGCGACAGGUUUCUACCCCGACAAAGCCGAACUUUUCUGGAGGAAGGACGGCGAGCAGCUCCACGAAGACGUGGAGGUGGGAGAGACCCUCCGCAACCACGACGGGACCUUCCAGACGACGGCCGACCUGAAAAUGCCGGCGACGGCCGACGUGGAGGGCCGCUACGAAUGUGUGUUCCGGCUGUCCGGCGUCAAGGACGACAUCGUCACCAAGCUGGAGAUAAGCGGCAUCCUGAGCAAUGCGCGCAUCCGAGAAGAAGAAGAAAAGAGGGAGAUGAUGGUGUCCAUCGCUGUCCCGUUGGCGGUCCUCGCUCCGGUGGUUGUCGUGGUCCUCGUCAAGCUUUACAAAAGCAGACAAGCCAAAUACACUCCAGCUUCUGUCGAUGCUGAUUGUGAGCCCGCUUCCAAGUCCCCUUCGGAGCCCGUUUCCGAGCCUGCUUCAAAUUCCCCUGCGAGCCCGUUUCCGAGUGCCACAUAGCGAGUGAGCUCACACGGACUCCACGUGCUAUGCGUACGCUUUCAAGGUUGAUGCGUGUGCACUCGUCUUCCUCCAGGUGUUGGAGCACAAGAGCUGUUUUUCCACCCAAACACUUUCUCAUCACGCUUGAAAACGGAAAUGGUGUUGUUCAUAAAGCGCUUUUGUAAAAUUACGACGGUUCUGUUAAGCCACGCUAAAGGCUUUUGGAGGCUUUGCUGUUCUGGAUGAGAUGCAUCUGAGAUCAUCUGGUUGCUUUCUUCUGUCCGUUAAAUUUGUAGGAAAUCAUCAGUCACAUCGUGUUAAGGAUUUCUUCUCUCUUGGUAUCAAGCAGCUGAAUAGCUCCGAUGAAUUUCUAUCACAAAGUGUCGAUUGCUGGUUUGCCUCUCACUCCUUUUAUCUGCACAAGAGAGUACUAGAAUCCUGUUAUAGAUUCUUCCAGAAACACCUUUUCACUUCAACAAACAACUCUGUCAAAGCGUACAUUUAUCAGAAUGUGACAAUGUUGUUGAUUGCAUUUGUUACUUGAACUUGGA